AUGGCCAUCCUGAACUCGUUUGUCAACAAUAUCUUUGAGCGCAUCGGUACACCCUCCCUCUGCUUCUUUGUUGUGGGUCUAACUUUGGCCACAGUGUUGAGGCAGGUGCACCCUGAGAAAGGCAUCUCCAAUGAGGCCACGGCCAUCCUGAACUCUAUUGUCAACGACAUCCCCCAGCGCCUGGCCAUCCUGAACUCAUUUGUCAACAACAUCUCAGCGCGCACAGCCAUCCUGAACUCGUUUGUCAACGACAUCCCCGAGCAUGCAGCCAUCCUGAACUCUUUUGUCAAUGACAUCUCAGAGCGCACGGCCAUCCUGAACUCAUUUGUCAACGAUAUCUUUGAGCGCAUCGGUAUACCUUCUUUCUACCUUCUUUCUUCUUUGUUGAGUCCUGCCUCAAAGGCACCUGUCCAUCCUAAUACAGGGAUGCCAUGGCCAUCCUCAACUCGUUUGUCAAUGAUAUCUGAGCGCAUUGAUAUGUCCUCCCUCUACUUCUUUGUCCACCCCGAUACAGGGAUCUCCAACAAGGCCAUGGCCAUCCUCAACUCGUUUGUCAAUGAUAUCUUCGAGCGCAUUGUGUUGAGGCAGGUGCACCCUGAUCAGAUGACUGCAGCUGUCAAUGCAACAGAUGAAGAUUAA